GUCCCUCUCUUCUUACUCCUCUCGGUAAGCAUUUCUGUGGCAAGCAAACAUGGGGUUUCUGCUUAUAUCUUUUCCCAUAUUCUUCUUCAUCUUCUCUUCUAUAUAUUUAUUUUUUUUCAUGAUUAAGGCAUAUUUACUUGAUGAUUUUCUUUCUAGUCUUUCAUUUCUUUUUUAAACAUGUUGACGUUUGUUUAUUUGUUUUUUCUUUUAACUAAUUUUUGAGUAGUUUUCAAGCACUAUCAAGGCAAGGAAAGAUGUGGGUGAAUAUUGGAGAGAAGCCAUGAAAGAUCAAUCAAUGCCCAAACCAAUACAAGGACUAGUUGGAGCUGCUCCAGCCUCAUCAACCUCUAAAGCAGAGAAGGAAUUGGAUAAGAAAUCCUUCCAUGAAGAUUUUGAACCAAUACCUGACGUGUCAAUUUAUCACAAUGAUGCAGGUCUUAAGGCAAGGAAACCACUGGAUGGGAAAUUCUUUCUCAAGGACUAUGAGCUGAUGCCUGACGUGUUAGCUUAUUACAAUGAUGUUGAUCUUAAAGCUGAGAAGCCCAUGAAUGGGAAGUCUUUCAUCCUCAAGGAUUUUAAACCGAUACCUGAUGUAUCAAUUUACCACGAUAAUGCUGGUCUUAAAGCUGCGAAGUCAAUGGAUGGGAAACCCUUUCUUAAAGGCUUUGAGCCAAUACCCGAUGCGUCUGUCAAUCACAAUGAUGUUGGUGUCAAAACAGACAAGCCGUUGGAUGAGAAAUCGUCUAUUACAGACUAUGAGCCAAUACCUGAGGUGACAAUUGAUUAUAAUGAAGCUGGUCACAUAACAGAGAAUGAUUUUGAAACUAAGCCAAAUGCUUCGGCUUAUAGCGAGUGAGACAAUGUAUAUUUAUGUGUAAUCGUACUUUUA